AUGAAAAUCGCAAUCGCAGGCACCGGCGACCUCUCGCACUACUUCUACGAGGAACUCCCUCUCCACGGGCACGAAACAAUCACCCUAACGCGUUUCCCCAAGACCUUCCUCUCCGCUCUUUGCAUAGAGCAGCGUGUCACAGAUUACACCGUCCCCGAUCUCGUCAAGAACCUAGCAGACUGCGACGCAGUCAUUUCCACAAUCGCAGCACCAGGCCCCGAGCACGCCACGGUCCACCUCGCUCUCCUGGAAGCAUGCAAGCUCUCCCCAAAAUGCAAGAAGAUGAUACCCUCGGAGUUUGCGGGGAAUGUGGAAGAAGAUCUUCUGCGUGACGAGCCGGUGUUUAUGGCUGCGGGGCGGGGGGCGGUUCGUGAGGCUUUGAGGGCCCAGAGGGAGGUGAAGUGGACGCUUGUGGUGAAUGGGUGGUUUGCGGAGUAUCUUGUGUCAGCGGGUCAGCGGUAUUUUGCGGAUUUGGGGGGUGCAGCGUGGCCGAUGGAUUAUGGGAACAAGAUGUUUACGAUGUACGGGGAUGGGGAGAAACCGGUUACUUUGACUUCUGCGAGGGAUGUGGCGAGGGCGAUGGCGAGAUUGGUGGAGUUGGACGCGGAUGAUUGGGAGGAGUAUACGCAUCUUGCUGGGGAGACGGUGACGUGGGCUGGUUUGUAUGAGAUGCUGAAGGGGAGGGGUGGGGAGUGGGAGGUUGUAAAGAAGAGUUAUGAAGAUGCUGUGGAAGAGGUUGAAGAGGCGGAGAUGGUGGGAGGUGUUGCGCGGAUUAAUGCUCAACUGCAACUGAUGGGGUAUACAGAAAUCAACCGGGCUAAUCCUGACAAGGCGAAGAGGCACAAGGACCUGUACUUCCAUGGAUUGAACUUUCGUGGGAUUGAAGAGAUUAUGGGAGAAGCCGAAUUGAGGCCAGACGCUGUCAUAUAG